AUGACAUUAAAUGAUAUUGCUAGUGAAUCAAGUGAUGCUGAUACUUCCUUAAAAGCGAGGCAAUUCAAAAAUGACGAAAUUGAUAAAAAGAAGAUAGACAGCAUUUCCAAAAACAAUGAGAUGAGUUAUAAUUGUGAGCUCAGAGAAAAAAGGGAUAGAAGCUCCUCUUGUGAAUCUUAUAGUCCAGAAAAAAAAAAAGUAUGCUGCUGCCACGAAAAUAGUGUUUCCAAGUGUUCUGCAAAAUCUGAAAAGAGUAGCCUAACACCUAAGUCCAGAAAUGGUGAUACACUAAGCACAGCCUCCACAGGAAUUAACGAAUAUGCGAAUAGUUCAAAAAAUGUAAAUGAACCCUUUAAAUUUUUUAUCGGUGGUAUCCCACAAAAUAUAACAAAUAAAUACAUAACAGAAUACUUCGAAAAAUAUGGAUCUGUACAAAAUGUUGUUAUAGCACAAGAUCAUGAAACGAAAAGAAACAGAGGAUUUGCGUUCGUUACAAUGUCAUCUCAAAUAAAUAAAGAUAAAAUCCUAAUAGAUUCUCAUGAACUUAAUGGAAAAAGAGUUGAUGUUCGUGAGGAGCAUAAUACAACUCCCUCAGAUAUCCAGAGAAAAAUAUUCGUAGGUGGACUGCACUAUUAUUGGACUAAAGAUACACUAGAGAGCUACUUUUCUGCCUUUGGGGAAAUUGAUGUAGUUCAAAUUGUACUGGAUUCUUCUGGUAGAUCCAGAUGUUUUGGAUUUGUGGUUUUCGCAAAUGAAUCUUCCGUGGCCAAAGUUUUGAAGCACAGAAGGCACAAAAUAUACGACAAGAUGGUCGAAGUUAGAAAAGCAGAGCCUAAAAAGCCUAAAAUGGCUAUGAAACGACAAAACAGCAAAAGCCACCCCAAGUUUAGUCAUCCCCCUCCAUUCAUGGACCCUUUUCCAUGCAACAAAGAAACGAUGGUGCAUUGGGCUAAUUUUAUGUAUAAUGCAUGUGGAAUGCCCUUUUUAUUUAAUCAAAGAUUUCAAAAUGUUCCUGAUUUUUAUUCCAACUAUGGCUAUUAUCCGAAUUCAAUGAAAAAUUCACACCCACCAGAAUUUAACAACUAA